AUGGAGGCAGUGGAUUACCUCGCGGAGGAGAGGCGAAAGGCGGAGUUCGAUGUGGAGGAGAUGAAGAUCGUUUGGGCUGGUUCUCGUCACGCGUAUGAAAUCUCCGAUCGAGUUUCUCGUCUCGUCGCUAGUGAUCCGGUCUUUCGAAAGGAUAACAGAACUAUGCUAAGUAGGAAGGACUUGUUUAAAGAUACUUUGAGAAAAGCUGCUCAUGCAUGGAAGCGGAUAAUUGAGCUUCGUCUUUCUGAAGAAGAGGCCAAAACAUUAAGGUUUUAUGUGGAUCAGCCUGCUUACACUGAUCUUCACUGGGGAAUGUUUAUACCUGCUAUUAAAGGGCAAGGAACUGAGGAGCAGCAGCAAAAAUGGCUGCCAAUGGCAUAUAAGAUGCAAAUAAUUGGAUGCUAUGCACAAACUGAACUCGGUCAUGGCUCCAAUGUCCAAGGGCUUGAGACUACUGCAAAAUUUGAUCCUCAGACUGAUGAAUUUGUUAUUCAUAGUCCCACAUUGACUUCAAGCAAAUGGUGGCCUGGUGGAUUGGGUAAAGUAUCCACACAUGCUGUGGUUUAUGCUCGUCUUAUAAUAGAUGGACAAGACCAUGGAGUGCAUGGUUUUAUUGUCCAGCUGCGUAGUUUGGAUGAUCACUCACCUCUUCCAGGCAUAACGGUUGGUGAUGUAGGAAUGAAAUUUGGAAGUGGAGCAUAUAACAGCAUGGACAAUGGUGUUCUGAGAUUUGAUCAUGUGCGCAUUCCAAGGAACCAAAUGCUAAUGCGUGUUUCUCAGGUUACAAGAGAAGGGAAAUAUAUGCAAUCUGAUGUUCCUCGCCAGUUGGUUUAUGGUACUAUGGUCUAUGUCCGACAAACAAUUGUAUCUGAUGCUUCUCGUGCUUUAUCGAGGGCAGUUUGUAUUGCAACAAGGUAUAGUGCUGUUCGUAGACAAUUUGGUUCACAGAAUGGUGGUCCCGAGACCCAGGUGAUUAACUAUAAAACUCAGCAAAGUAGACUCUUUCCUUUGCUUGCUUCUGCCUAUGCUUUCAAAUUUGUUGGUGAAUGGCUGAAAUGGUUAUACGCUGAUGUGACCCAAAGAUUGGAAGCCAAUGAUUUCUCCACAUUACCUGAGGCUCAUGCAUGUACUGCAGGGUUAAAAUCUGUUACUACUUCUGCAACUGCAGAUGCGAUUGAAGAAUGCCGAAAACUAUGCGGUGGUCAUGGUUAUCUUUCUAGCAGUGGGCUACCUGAGUUAUUUGCAGUUUAUAUCCCCGCCUGUACUUAUGAAGGAGACAAUAUUGUGCUGCUUUUACAGGUUGCAAGGUUUCUAAUGAAGACCGUUUCCCAGCUGGGAUCUGGGAAGAACCCUGUUGGGACAACAGCCUACAUGGGACGAGUAGAACACCUCACGCAAUGCAAUUGUGAAGUUCAAAGGGCUGAGGAUUGGCUAAAGCCUAGUGUAAUAUUGGAGGCAUUUGAAGCAAGGGCCGCUAGGAUGUCUGUCGCCUGUGCUAAAAGCCUUAGCAAAUUUUCAAAUCCAGAAGAGGGUUUUGCUGAACUCUCAGCUGAUUUAGUUGAGGCUGCAGUUGCUCAUUGUCAGUUGAUUAUUGUUUCCAAGUUCAUUGAGAAACUGCAACAAGACAUACCAGGAAAGGGAGUGAAACGACAGUUGGAGACACUCUGUAAUAUAUAUGCUUUGUAUCUUUUACACAAACAUCUCGGUGAUUUCAUCUCCACUGGCUCCAUUAGCCCCAAGCAAGGCGCACUAGCAAACGAACAACUCAGAUUAUUGUAUUCCCAGGUCCGUCCAAGUGUUAUUGCCCUGGUUGAUGCAUUCAACUACACUGAUCACUACCUUGGCUCAAUUCUUGGCUGCUAUGAUGGAAAUGUAUAUCAAAAACUCUAUGAUGAAGCAUGGAAGGAUCCUUUAAAUGAAACCGUUGUGCCAGAUGGUUACCAUGAGUACAUUCGGCCAAUUUUGAAACAACAUAUACGUAAUGCAAGACUCUAAAAGAAGCAAUUAAGUUCACUGGUCUUGGCAGCUAUCUGUCAUCCCUUAUCUCAUGGCUGAUAUGUUGUUAUCUGUGGACUUAAAGUCGGGGCAGAAGAUCUUCAAUUCCCAUCUAGUGGGAUAAAAAUUAAGUAUAGUAAGUAUUAUUGCUUACAUCGGUCAUUAUGUAUUUAUGUGUUUUAUAUGUAUUCAAAAGUAACUUCCAACGACUAGAAUGACUAAGUUUCAUGAUACUUCUUUCUUAUGGUUUGGUUUUGUUUUUGUAAUGCAAACUAGUUCAUUUAAAGGUGAAAACAAACCAGUGCACUCCGCCACCGGCUGGAUUGUGAAUAAUUCGUCGCCAAAAUCCCACCGCAUAAGUUUUAAUUUCCUGAUCAACUUUUCUAGUUAUCUUGUUUAACUCUCAACGGCAGGAACAUGCCUGGAAUAGGACUCUUUUAGGCUUCUUGCUUUUCUACUCUCUGGAAAGAGUCCCUCUCAAUAGAAUGGCGGGCUCAACAUUGGGUAAAAAGUCCGGACAGGUUUAAGCCAGCAAUGGCUUGCUGGGUCAUGCUAGAAGAAAUAGGUUACUCUUGAGUUGAUUCGAAUGAUCCAUUCCUACGAUGACAAUACCAUCGAAGCUCUCUUCAACUAGGUAUUGCGAUGCUUGAAGUUAAAACAACCUAAUGCUGCGCCACCAACUGAAUCAGAUGAUGCUACUGACCUGAGCAUGCUAGCUAGCAUGUCACAUCUAGUCUCCAGAGCUUGCAAAAGUAUCAUCGUUUUCCAUGUGAACAGGACGUGAUAGAAUUCCCGAAUUUUUGUAAGUAAAAUUUUGUUU